CUCCAUGGUGAUGCAGUGAGCCUGUUGUGUAGAGAGACUGAAAACCAAAGUAAAGUAAACGGGGGAGGGUCGUCUACGGGGGGGCUUUCAGCGAGUUACAAUGCGUCUUUCACGGUGUUGAACGGUGUCGGUGAACGAUGAGCCAACUUCGCCGGACGUCUCUAAGCGGAAUGAGCCACUAUUGAGCCCCGAAAACGAGUGCUUCUUGGCGGGGGAGAGCGAGAAUGCAGAAGCCGAGCGCCCCGCUCCCUGCUGUCGGCUUCACUGGGAAAUGGUAGCGUACUGUCGGCACCGCACUUGGAAGGAACAUGGUCGAGAGGAGCAGCAAAUUCUUGUUGAUCGUCGUUGGAUCCGUGUGUUUCAUGCUGAUUCUCUAUCAGUACGUGGCUCCCGGGGUUAUCAAUUUUGGCUCCCCGCACGGUUAUUUCACGGAGGAAGACGAGGGGGACAUCUUCCCCACUCCGGACCCCCACUACGUUAAGAAAUACUACUUCCCAGUCAGGGACCUGGAGAGGACGAUCGAUUUCCAGAUCAAGGGAGAGGACGUGAUUGUGUUUUUGCACAUUCAGAAGACCGGGGGGACUACCUUCGGCAGACACCUGGUCCAGAAUGUCCGUCUGGAGGUCCCCUGCGACUGCAGACCGGGCCAGAAGAAGUGUACCUGCUACCGACCAAACCGCAAGGAGACCUGGCUCUUCUCUCGGUUCUCCACCGGCUGGAGCUGCGGCUUGCACGCCGACUGGACCGAGCUCACCAACUGUGUGCCGGGUGUCCUCAACAAGAAGGAGAACAAACAGAAAAAUCUAAGGAAAUUCUACUACAUCACUCUACUGAGGGACCCGGUGUCUCGAUACCUCAGCGAGUGGCGGCAUGUGCAGCGGGGCGCCACGUGGAAGACCUCGCUGCACAUGUGCGAUGGACGGACCCCCACGCCCGAGGAGCUGCCCUCCUGCUACGAGGGCUCUGAUUGGUCGGGCUGCACCCUGCAGCAGUUCAUGGACUGUCCCUACAACCUGGCCAACAACAGACAGGUCCGUAUGCUAGCGGACCUGAGCCUCGUCGGCUGCUACAACAUGUCCACAGUCCCAGAGAAGAAGAGGGCGCAGCUCCUCCUGGAGUCAGCCAAGAAGAACCUAAGAGACAUGGCCUUCUUUGGUCUGACCGAGUACCAGAGGAAAACCCAGUUCCUGUUCGAACGGACCUUCAGGUUACGCUUCAUCAGGCCUUUCAUGCAGUACAACAGCACCCGGGCAGCGGGGGUGGACUUGGACAACACUACAGUCCAGCGCAUCGAGGAGCUGAACGAGCUGGACAUGGAGCUGUACGACUAUGCCAGGGAUCUGUUCCAGCAGCGCUACCAGUACACCCGGCAGCAGGAGAGGCGGCAGCAGCGCAUCAAGAACCACAUGCAGCAGAGCCACCAGGGCCUGGGCCUGGGCGUCAGCCUGUGGCCCUCCCACGGCCGGCAGAGCUCGGUGUCGACACUGGAGGACGGGGAAGGGGAGCGGGAGGAGGGCGAGGAGGGAGGCAGAACGGAGGAGGCGGGCAGCAGGCUUCCCACUGAGGACUACAUGAACCAGAUCAUCAACCGCUGGUAGCAGCAGAAUGAGAACACAGACAUGCAUAUGUAAUGUGAAAUACACACACACAAAUAUACACACACACACAUACACACACAGUGGCGCCUGCAUCAAAACACCCAAUUAACUGACUUUACUGGAGAGUUGGGAUGCGGGAGUGAGAGUCACAGUGGUUGCUAUGGAGACCUGGGCUUGGUCAAUUGCAUCAGCUCACAUUAUUGAGGUUUGCCCAGUUGUUAUUAGCACCCGCUUGCCCGUCUCGUCCCCCCAGUCUGAGUUUCUCCGUCUCUCCCGCCAUCAUUACUGACUGAGAGGUGGAGAGAUAUUUUUAAAAGUUGCUGACAACCGAGUAUCUCGUCCAUCCUUCCCGCCUCCUCAUCCUCCUCCUGUAUUCCUCUUGUUCUCUGUGGCCUAAUAUGGAGCAUGAGAAAAUUAAAUUAAAGUCUGUGAAUUUCCACAAAACUCCCUCGCUAAAAGACCAGUCUACUUCCCGGAUGCUCCAGUUUUAAAAGAACUGGGGAAAGUGUCAAAGUAUGCCAAUGGCUGAGCAGAACAAAGAAAACAGUGGGAGUACAUGAGAGACUGAACCUGAAAGGAAGAAGGAAGCGAAGAAAAGUCGGACUGAGAUGUGUAAUAAAGCUUUCUGCUUGAUAAAAAAAAUCAGCCAUUUUAUCCAUGAACACGCUUUGGUCAUGAAAUAAUGACAUUCUCAUAUUAGGAUGAUUUUAUUUGUAUUUUUCCUUCUUGUUUUUGCCUUUUUAAAGCAGAAUUGUAAUAACACUGAGACCAAUAUUGCUGCCUAAAGAAAAGUGAUUCCUUUAUUUCUUUAUUUUUAUUGGUUUUAUAAGUCAAAGCUAAUGGAUCGGAUUGAUGUACAAUGGACCAUAGCCAUUACUGAAGCCUUGCAUCUUAGGGGUGGGGUGGUGGUGGGGGGGGGAGUUUCUUUGUUAAAGGUUCCCAAAGCUCCUGUCACUUAACAAGUUCAUUAUUUCUUCCUUUCUUUCCCCCUUUUUUGGGGGGAUCUCAGUCCUGCAGAGAAUGACAGCCAAUUACAGUCAGAUCUCACAUAGGUGUGAAGAAAUCAAGGGGGGGGGAGGGGAGGGAGAGGAAGGAGUCUGCGGCAGGUUGUUGCCAGGAGCCGUGCUGUGUGAGCGUCAGGCGCUUUGGAAACCUUAACUCAGACAAAUGCUCAAGAUGGGAGUUGUGGAACUAGUGGUCACCAUGGCAAUGUGAGCCGUUAAUACAGUGGGUGGCAUUUACACUUUCUCUGGGCUUUUUCUUUUCCUUACCAAGAGCUGCUUUGUAAAAAAAAAUUGGCCAUCUCAAACAAGCCUCCUUCCCACCCUCCUGAAAGGGCACACACAGCCGCGGUGACCUGCAGUUCGUUAGCGCACCCCCGUGUUUUACUUGGUUUUACCCUGAAGAACGCACAGGGCGAGGUAGCAGUGCCUCUAUGUACUGGGAUCAUAGUCAACGUAAUUGUUUUGCCGGAUGUUACGUCUGCAUUAUACUACAGUGAUUUCUCUGACUACUCGUGUGUCUGUGCGGAUGAGUGUGUUUCUGUGUGUGUGUGUGUGUGUGUGUGCGUGUGUGUAAAUAGUAUGUACAGUAUGCCUUUGAUCGGCGUAUGUGUAUGCCUUUGUAAAUAGUGUGCCUGACUGAGAGGGGAUGACUUGUGAAUGACUGGUACCAUGACCAAUUAUCUUGCUUUUUUUUUGGGUGGAGGGCAGGGCAACAAAGUCCCUCGACUAUAGCAGUGAUGCAAGCCAAUAAUACUCCCCUCACCCCUUUUUUUUUAACAUUGUCCUUCCCCCUUUUUUUCUUGUUUUCUCCCCAUGACGUAGUUAAACAUGAGGACUGUAUCUCUAUAACUAUCUGAAGUUCAAAUUUAUGUUUGUUAAAAAUCUGCCAGUGUGACACGUCUUUACCCUUGAAUGCAAAAUCUACAAGUAGGGUUGGGUUACGAAAACCUGCUCGCCCAGUGGCUCCAAAUUCUGUAACCCCAUCAGGAAUUUCAACUUGCCGUUUGUAAAGCCAAACAUUGCCGACCCAUUUUGGUAGCAUUCCCUACAAAAAAGGUGCAACUCAAAAUGUGACGUUUUCCCUUUCUAUCCAGCAUCUGGGCAAAUCUUCUAAGGGAAGUCUUUUGAAAGAAAAAAUGUUUGCCACGGUUUAAUAAAGGCUUAAAUUUGACUUGUAAUGGAAAAGAAACACUCCGUCACUGCUAAUGGACAAAACCAACAGUAGGAUUACUCUUCUGGCUGAUAGUAUCACAUUCUUUUUUACCCUGUUUGUCUUGUUUUCAGGUUGGAGAUGCAGCUUGUGUUUCUGCCAUCUCUGCUAACAAAAUACAGACAGAUCUUUGAGUUUUAACUCAUUAAAACUCUUGACCUGAGAAUGUUCAAUAAGGAAUUUAAAAAGGAUUUGGAUACGUGAAUACUGAUUUAAUAUUCCAUCAAAUGUUCAUGAACCCAACCCAACUAAGAGCAGUGAACCUGAGCAAUAAGAGGGAAGGUGGAGAAGAGAAUGUAAAAGUGGGGAAGAGACGUGUCACAGCGUGAUUUAAUUAAACUGAAUGUAGUUCAAGUUUGGUGUCAUGCAGGGGGGCAAUGGGAGGAUGCAUGCUUCCUUGGUAUAAGAUAAAUAACAUGUGGCAUCCUGUUGCUAACAAUAGAUUGUCUUUUAGGCUGAAGAAAGGAAAAACCAACAAUUUAGCCGCCCACCACCCUUCUUGAUAAACUUCAACUCAUCACCCUGGAUCCUCUAUUAUCCUUCCUCUUUAAACAGCUCCUUUAAAAAUCAUGAGUCAUGGAGGGAAGGAGGAGGAGGAGGAGGGGGGGUGUGAUGAAAGGUAUUGGGAUGUGUCCAGGGUCAAUAUGCUGCUUUUUGUGUAGCUUUCAAAGUAAUGCAAAUGGUAAUAUAAAGAGGGAUGUCCAUUUGUUUUGUUUCGUAUUAACUUCCCCUUCAUUGUGUUCUUGAAACUGGAGACUUGAAAACACUGCGGCUCCAGGCAUUUUGCCCACAACCUCUUUUUCAGAGUCAGUCUUGCGUUUGGGCUCCAAACCAAUAUCUGGCUCUGCAUUAGUGGCUGAAGACAGAACACAAAAGUAAUUCUGUGCCUUCAGAGUGUUUUAUUUUCAGCGCUCCAGUUUCGAGUGACCACCAGCCUUGAAGCAGUCCUCACAAAUACUCCCUGUACCCCGAAAGAAAAACUAAAACCUUUCACUGAAAUUAUUCCAGGAAUUCAUGCUGUAAAGCUAUACUCAAAAAAUGUUAUGUCUCAUCACUAUGUAUAUCUGAUGUCUUAACAGCGUUUCCUUUGUGACAAAGAAGCAACCCGGGUGUCGCUAACAUCUUCCCCUUUGGUUUUUUUCUGUGUUUUUUUUUUAAAAAGAUGUGUUAAAAAGCGGUGUGAUAGAGACUUGUUUUUUCGGAUUGGUGUGCAGUCUGUGUCUGGCUCCUUCUGUAUGCAUCAUUCUGGGUCUGUUUCUUAUGAUUGCAAAAAUGAAUCAUCAAGCCACCAAUUAAAAUAUUUCAUUUUUACAGA